AUGAAACCUGUAGUAGUUGCUCUGGGCGUGUCAACAAACUUGGUCAGCUGUCUGGUCUUCAGACGCCAGGGAGUGAGAGACCGCAUGAACCUCUGUCUCUUUACCCUGGCUCUAGUGGACAUGGCAUUCCUGGCUUACUCUAUGGCAUUCACUUUCGCAUACUGGAUAAGAAUACUGGAGCCGAUAGCAGGGGAGGAGGUGUACAUAAAAACUCAUUAUUAUGCCAUGGGGGUUAAUUACGGCUUGCGAGAGGCCUCCACCUGUAUCAGUGUCCUGAUUGCUGUAGACCGCUGUCUGUGUGUUGUGUUUCCACUGCGGGCUAACACCCUCAUGAGCACUAGAACCAUGGGCAUCCUCUUGGCUACCAUUGUCAUCGGCAUGCAGCUGGCCUUCGUCACUACACCUGUUAAGAGGUACGUGUUUGCUGUUUACGACAACACCACAGGUGGGACAAGGUGGGCAGUGGCGCCGUCAGCUGCCUGGCAGAAGAGCGAAGUUCUCCUUGUGUACGACAAGGGAGAGGACACCCUCAUGCUGAUUGUCUUUCCCCUUGUCAUCUUUGUCCUUGUGUCGGGAUCAACGGCCACCACGGUGGUGACACUCAGAGCCGCCAUGUCGUGGCGAGAGAAGACCAGCUCCACCAGUAGUGACACACAGGGCCAGCAGGUGGCGCUGACCAAGAUGCUUGUCCUCGUCUCGUGCGUCUUCAUCGUCAGCAAAGUGCCAUGGGUCGUCAUCACCUUAGUUAGAAUAUUUUAUCCUGACUUCUCCCCUACCGGAAUUGAGACUAGGAAGGAAAGCAUGUUCAGUGUCCAGAGUGACCUGUAUGCAGAGUCUGUGUAUGAGCUGAUAGGUACUUAA